CACAGGCUAUCAAGAUACUGGUGUAAAGUAAGGCUUACGUUUGGCUUUCUCAAUGUUAUCUGCGCCGCCGCAAAAUACUCGUCUGUUGGAUAGAGGGGAAAACAGCGAGGCCGAACCGCUAAAAUGCAGAACACCUGAAUGUGCAUCUUUAGACAAACACCUGGGGAUAGAGGCAACUCCCGUCAGAAGCGACCUGCUUGAAUGGGUGGCAAAAAUCAAAGGAUUAGAAGACACCUUGUGGGAAGGCAAUGGGGCGUGUUGAGUGUGUCAUUAUAUUUCAAUGAUCAUCCCAGGAGGUUUCCACCACAUGCGUUGUUCAACACUGUUCCUUUUCAUCCCAAUGUGGAUAAAGGCACAGGGGAGAUAUGCAUCUCUUUUCCUCACACUGGAUAUGCAUGGGAUCCCAACUCCACUUUCAGCAUCCUUAGAUUCAUUCAGCACAUACUCUCUUACCCUGUUCUGGAGGACCCCGUAAAUUUGGAGGCUGCGGACAUGUUUUUGAAAAGGCCGCAUAUGUACAGGGAGGUGGUUGAGCAAUGUGUGAAAGCCAGUCAAGCAUUAGAAAGAGAAGAUGUUGGUGAAACUGACGCUAGCCCCAACCAUCCUUUGAGGAGUGACAGGUUUGUCUUGAGGAUCUCUUUUGACGAGUAUCUGCAGGCAUGGACAAAAACAGCCACCAGCAAAGAAGAACCUCGUAAUGACCCAAAUGAAUCACUGGAUAAACUGGUCAGCUUUGCACAGGUGUUUUCGCCCCACCGUGAAUCACGUGGAUCACAAAAACUGAUUCCCUAUACUGAAGCCCGUCUUGAAACGUAA